UUGCAGUGAGUGAUCGGGAAAAUUGCAAAAGUCGACACCCGCUAAUAAGCUCCGCUUUUAUUUGCCUCGCGGAGGGCAUCGAUCAGAAUCUUUCGGCGUACAGUUGCUUUUGCACAUCCUGUCGACGGACGUCCCGGACGUGGAGCGGCGGAGUUCGAGGCAUUGCCCUCGAUUUUCGAAGGCAGCGCGAAGCCCGGAGCUGUCGAGGCCGUGAAUAUCCGCGGAGACUUCACUACCGCUAGCCUGCAUGCUUUAUCGACUCGAGACGGAAGUGUGGAAAUGAGGGGUGGUACACAGUGCUAUGUUGCAGCGCUACUGCUGUUGCUGGUGCUGUUCGCGAGUCAAGAAUGUCAUUCCCAAGGAGCUCGCCGUAAAGGGGAACCUGCGCGAAUAGUGAUCUUUCCCAAAUCCAUUGAGGUGAUCAGUCGCAUGAAGAAGCCUCCAAGCCUGCCCAGAGUCUUGAGCAACAUGACUGCAGCAGCCGCAACCAACCUCACCACCAACUCCACUGAUGCUAACGUCAAAUCGUUCCCAUGCCGAUCCCGUGGCACGCGUCCGCUUCAUAUUGGCUGGUACCGGAACGGAGUGCUGAUUCGAACCGCUAAUGUCAGUUCUCUUCCGUUGGUUUUGCGCGGUAAUGAUAGCGAUGAUGCCACGUAUGUCUGCAGGACGUGGAAUGCGUACGGAAACGACAGCCGUGUUGUCCGAAUCAUCAUCCACUAUAUCUACCCGUACCGACCUCGGCACUGGAGACUUUCCUACUCAUACUGGUUCAUCUUGACCUUGAUUCUACUGAUGCUUGUUCCGUCCCUGUGCUAUCUGUCGCGGUCGCGGAAAGUUCGUUACGUGUGGCGACGCCAUCGAACCCACUCCGCCAGCCAAUCCGGUGGUUCCACAUCCGGUUCGAUACCGCCACCAUUGUAUGAUAACCUGCAGAGCAAUGAGUAUCCGCAGUCACCGCCGAGCACUCGCGCUACCACUAGAGCAGGCACCGUUGCCACAGGCAGUACGGCUCAGAGCGGCGGUGGCGGCGGCGGGCUACGCCUGCUGACGCGCUCCAGCGUCUCAACAAUAGCCAGCGGUGAUGACAUGGAUAACAUACCCUUGGCUGCUGCGGUGGACAGCACACUGUGAUGUACACAUGCACCGUGCUGAACCGGUCCCGUUGGCCAGGCCAUGCCUGGACCAACUCUGUGGACACCAGCAUACGUUUACUGCUGAGGAAGUCCUGCGUAUGAGUCAUAAUAUUACGACGGGUAGGCAUGACCUCCUCAGCAGCAAACAUAUGCUGGUGGCCACAGAUUUGGUCCGUACAUGGCCUGGCGAACCAGACCGGUUAUCACAUACAAACUGUCUGAAAGGCUAGGGUAUGGCCGGACCAACCAAAAACUGUUUCCGUGGAUCUUGGCACACGUGACUGCAAGCAUCCGUUGUUUCCACUUCCAGUUCAGUGACCCUCUACUCUCUGUUAGCCUGUCGUCACUGCGUCAGAUAGAACUCUGCAGGCAUUCACAUGGCAAUGUGCUCAUAUUAUUCUUCCAUUGUGCUGAGCGAAAUCCAGAGGCUGUGAGCACCACUGCAACCAAGCACAGGGCGUAGGCUAUGUAGUGCUGUGCCGGUACUCACGCAGCGCCAGGAACUCACUGAACGGCACAGU